AGAGGAGAGAUAAAAAAAAAAGUAAUGGAUGGAGAAGGAGAGGAGUGAGAGAAAGGAUGAAUAGAAGGAGGAGAGUAAGAGUAUGGGAGGAGGACGUGAUCAGAGAGAGGAGCUUUGCUGGACUCCAGCUCUCCUGCUCCUCAACAUCAGAAGACAAGUCAGCAACAGGACUUGGGCUUUUAAAGCUGUGCUUAAUCAUCUCAGAGAAGGAAAUACAAGCCUGCAGCCACCAUGGAGGCCAUCAAGAAGAAGAUGCAGAUGCUGAAACUGGACAAGGAGAACGCCAUCGACCGAGCAGAGCAGGCCGAGACAGACAAGAAGGCAGCAGAGGAUAAAUGCAAACAGCUGGAGGAGGAGCUGCUGGACCUCCAGAAAAAGAUGAAGCAGACGGAGGACGAACUGGACAAAUUCUCUGAGGGCCUGAAAGAUGCUCAGGAGAAACUGGAGCUGUCUGAGAAGAAAGCUGCAGACGCGGAGGGUGAUGUAGCAGCUCUAAACCGUAGAAUCCAGCUGGUAGAGGAGGAGUUGGACCGAGCCCAGGAGAGGCUGGCCACAGCUCUGCAGAAACUGGAGGAGGCUGAGAAAGCUGCAGAUGAGAGUGAGAGAGGAAUGAAGGUGAUUGAGAACCGAGCGAUGAAGGACGAGGAGAGGAUGGAGAUCCAGGAGAUGCAGCUGAAGGAGGCCAAACACAUCGCAGAGGAGGCUGACCGUAAAUAUGAGGAGGUGGCUCGUAAGCUGGUAAUCCUGGAGGGAGAGCUGGAGAGAGCUGAGGAUAGGGCCGAGCUCGCAGAAUGUAAAGCCAGUGACCUUGAGGAGGAGCUGAAAAAUGUGACCAACAACCUGAAAUCCUUAGAAGCUCAGUCUGAGAAGUACUCAGAAAAAGAAGACAAGUACGAGGAGGAGAUCAAAAUAUUGACCGACAAACUGAAGGAGGCUGAAACCCGUGCAGAGUUUGCAGAGAGGACAGUGGCCAAACUGGAAAAGUCCAUCGAUGACCUGGAAGAUAAAUUAGCAAGUGCCAAAGAGGAGAAUCUGAGCAUGCAGCAAGUCCUGGACCAGACCCUGCAGGACCUGAACAGCUUAUAAAUGUGCAGAGAGGAAACUGGAGAGGAUGACAUCGUCAUUGUAACAUUCCAUUACCCGUUCGACUCCAUUCCACAUUUCGAGCUGUAAAAUCUUUAUACCCUCACGUAACAGGGUUUUUAACUUAAUGCUUGUCCCUUGAAGUUUUUUUUUUUCUUCAAUAUGAGAAGUAAUUUUGAAAUGAUAUUUUCUUUAAAUCUCCAGCUGUGAUAACAGAAAUUCUCACCUGAAUUUUUUUCUUUUUUUUGACCACUCCUUCAGAAAGAACUGGCAUUUAAUACCGCCCAAAGAAACGUCAGAUUUGGUCACUCAACCACUUGGCUCAAUUUUACAUUUUAUGUGCACAUACAUACAUACAUUACACCGCUGUCUGAUUAUACUAAUACAUGGGCUACAGAUGGUAUUGGGUUUCUCUCACUCAACAUUAGUGCAGCUCUCAAGUGCCACCUAGUGGUGAUUCUGAACAUGCUUUAACAACUAACUGAAGAGGCUUAUUAACGCGUCUGUCUCAGUCGUGCUCACAUAAAUCUGUGUUUAAAGCAGCAAGAUGGUCAAAUGGACAUGUGGCUUGGGGAAAGGUUUUCAUUCAUAAAUAAAAAAGUCAUGUUGGCACAUGCUGCUCAGUCACAUUUGGUGUCUCUACAUUUAAAUUAAAACCAAUCUCUCCUGUGGCCGACAUGUUGAAGACACAGAAUAUCGAUAGUGCAUUCAUUUUCAUUGGCACUCCUUAUAGUGUGGGAAUCUGUAUUGACAUUAUCUAUAUACAUUACAUUCAUGACAUGAACACCUUUCCUGAAGCUAACCUCCUCUCCACUGCCACAGAUUUCAUAAUGUGGCCAAUAUUUACUAGAUUUACAAACUGUUGUACUUAUAUGAGCGAGCUAAACCCCAAACCACUGGCAGCUUGGUUAAGUUUUGCCAACCAUGGAUACUUAUUGUAUAUAGUAGAAUAAUGUUAGGUAUGUGAGAAGUUUUAUUUUUGACUUUUUUGGGGGAUGUUGUUUCAAUUGCGCCACUUAUUUUUUUUGCCAGGGGAAGUCUUAAGACCAAAGAACUCACAUAAGAUAGGCAACACAUUUUGAAUACCUUUUUUUUAUUUUUGUUUUAUUUCGAUGGCCAUCUUGGUUUCAUUUUGUGCCAGGGCCAUGAAUCGUGCAUCACAUUUGAUCAAGGCUGUUUUGAAAUAUUUCAUUCAUCACCCCCUCUAUGUCAGUCUAAUAAAUGUUUUACAGAAAUCA